UUGGAACAAGUAUUGAAUAUGGUUUUGGGUUCAUUCCAAGAUCCUCAUCCACGAGUGAGGUGGGAAGCUAUCAAUGCAAUCGGGCAGUUGUCUACUGACUUGGGUCCAGAUUUGCAAUUGCAGUAUCACCAGAGGGUUCUUCCAGCACUGGCUAAUGCCAUGGAUGACUUUCAAAAUCCUAGAGUGCAGGCACAUGCUGCUUCAGCUGUUCUUAAUUUUAGCGAGAACUGCACUCCAGAUAUCUUAACUCCUUACAUGGAUGGGGUAGUGAGAAAAUUGCUUAUUCUUUUACAAAAUGGAAAACAAUUGGUUCAAGAGGGAGCCUUGACUGCAUUGGCAUCAAUCGCUGAUUCUUCUCAGGUGCCUCCUCAACUAAAUUUGUGUGAUCAUAUUAUAUUGUUAUAA